AUGCUGAAGCCAAAAUGUCGCACUUUGUUAUCUGGGCUUCCGCUUGCAUCGUGGUGGGGCCUCUGCUCGGUGCAGGUCGGGCUUCUGAAGGCCCCUGCACAUCCCAACCAGGAAGCUACAGCCCGGGCCGAGGCUGUAAAGUAUCGCGGCGUGAGUUAUGACAAGCGACAUCGUGUCUUUAAAGCACGGUUGCAGGUUCGUGGCGGACCAGGCUACAUCGGCAACUUUAAGACCGCCACGCACGCCGCCGAAGCACAGGAUCAAGAGGUGAGACGCAUGUACCAAGAUGACACUCCAGAUCACAAUUUCCGGCGCAAGAACUUACUGAACUUUCCGUCGGAGGAGGAAGCUGCCUACCAUGAAACACAAGAGCAGGCACGCAAGCGCGGUCUGGAAGUACAUGGAGACGAUUGCAGGAAGGAGGCCAGAUCCUUCGAGCUGUUGAACGAGGCCUUGGAGGCAUCGGUUUAUUCAGAAGAGUACGAGCUCGUGCUCUUGACGGGGUCUUCCAAAGCAGAUGCUCUGUUGAAGCUGCGUGGCUCGUCACCAGCUGGUUUGCCAAUUCAGAUCAAGGCAGCAACAAGUCGGUGGAAGCAAGGAAGGGUUUACCAGUUUGGCAAGUGUCUGGGAUACGAAGGCAUGCUGGUCGUGUUUGUCGCAUUGGAUGGAGGCCACUUCUGGGCGGCCGCCGGCGAGGAACUGAAGGCUGAAAAAAUAGGCAUAACCAUCGGAUGCGAAAGUGACAUUGAUCGAAAGGUGGAAAACAUGGGGUCACAGUUGGUUGCCUGCUUCAAAGAUACGCGACAGUUUCCCCACAUGCCAGUUGAAGAGGCAGAGCACCAGUGCUCCCCUGUUCAUCGGGUUGAGGCAGCUGCGCAUCGGCAGCUCAGAAAUUUGUUUGAUUGCAUGAAUUGGAGCCUGUCCUGUCCUCAUGAACAUGGGACCACGAUCGACUCCCUUCUGGAGGUUGGCAUCGGGGACCGGGUGGUGCGCUUGCAAGAGAAGGCGUCUCGCUUCCAUAGGAGAAUGUGCAGGUAUAAAGUACAUCUGUGGAAAAGCGGAGGUUCGCGCCUGCGGGCUGCGUACGCGGAGGACGAUUUUGACUUGUUGGUCGCCUGUGUUUUGGAUCAGGCCGAGUUUGUGCAGGGCGUCUUCUUGGUUCCCACGUCCCAAUUGGUGCAGGAAGGCUUUGUGGCGAACGGGCCCCGCACUUUGGUAUUGCACCCACCAUGGUCUCCACCAAAGCGCAACAGCACCAAAGAGAAACACUCUUGGCAGCUUGACUGGUUCCUCGACCUCCGUGCCUGGCAGGGCUCCACGGAGCUGCCGGAUGAGCUCAAGAGGUGCAUGCAUCAGCUAAUUUCAACGGCGCUCGACGGCUUGGAGAGGGCCCGGCAGCUGCUGCCGGGGGUGGUCCAGCGCGGGGUUGCUGGAGCGGAGGGUGAUGACCAGGGGGAGCCCGAGGAGCAGCUUCAGAAGACCUUCAUGGACAUGUCCCGAUCCAGAGAGGUCUUCAAGCACUUCGCGGACGGCGGCGAGUUGAACCGCGAUGCGCUGAAGGAAGCCCUGCAAAUGCUGGGCCACGACUCCGUGAACGAGGAGUGGGUGGACGCCAUCAUUAAGGACAAGUUCUCUGACCGCUCCUUUCUGGAUCAGUAUGACUUCAGCAAGUUCUUGGCGGAGUAUGAAGCGUGCCACAUGGACUACGUGAGAAUGCGCUUCACAGAGGCCGAUGUCGACGGCUCCGGCAAGGUCGACGCAGGGGAACUUGCGCAGGUGCUGCGGAAAGCUGGCAUGACCCCAGUGACAGGAGUGGUGCCCCAGCUCAUUGCAGAGGUUUGUGGGCCUCGUGUGACCGAGGUGAACUUCAUGAGCUUCGCAAAGAUCCUGGGCAUCCUCCGCUAUCGGCUGGGAUUUACACAGGAGGAGUAUUCAGACAUCGCGACGUCCUUCAAGCGCCUCGACCGCCAGGGUCGUGGAGCUUUGACUCUGGCGGAGGCGCGCGGAUGCCUGGAAUGGCUCGGGUUUGACCUCAGCGUAGAGGAGGUAGAGCACUACAGCACGCGGGUGCUGAAGGCUCACCGUGGACGCACGCCGAAGGAGGAUCCCGAGGACAUGCUGCUGAGCGAGUUCGACUUCGUCCGGCUGGUGCGCUUGGUCCGGGAAGAGGACGCUCGGCGUGUCCUGUCCUGCCUGCUGCGGAUGCGCGGGGAGCAGGAAGAGGGCAGCCUGCCUGCCAGAGACCUGCCGACCCUUCUCUCAGACAUGAACGUCGCACUCGCCUCGCCAGACGUGGUCUUCGAAGCCCUGAAGGCGUUGGGCUUGGAAGAGAAGUUGGAGUUGACCUUGGAAGACAUCAUGCCGGUCCUAUGGCAACUCCGGCGCUGUCAGGGGCUUACCCAGGCUGAGCUCGAGCUCGCCCGACAGCAGUUCGAGCAAUGUGAUGAAGAUGGGUCUGGAGGCAUGGCCUGCGCUGAGCUCGAGUUCGCCGUCCGCUCCCUUGGCUUCCCAGUGAAUUAUGAGGAGGUUCAGGAGAAGCUUGAUGAGUGGGACAUGGACGAGUCUGGCGAGAUUGAGUUCAUUGAGUUCCUCAAAGUCUUGUCGGACUACAAGAAGAAGGAGCUCCAGCAAGUGCUGACCGCCAUGUUUACGGGCCAGCCGAAGCGCCGACCCUCCUUUGCCAUGCACGCCAUGGGUGAGCAGUCGCAGCCCCUGCCAGCUGCACCGAAAGCGAAGGCUUCGAUGCUCCAGCGCCAGCAGACGGAGCUACCCUCGCUGCUGCUGCAGUCAGGGCAUUCGCCCUUGCGUCAGGGCAGCGGUGUCUUGCAGUUCUGUCUGGACAGCCCAGCAGCAGCUGACAAGAAGCUGAAUCUCUGGGGUUUCGCGGGGCUGAUUGCCGAGUAUCGCAGCGAGAUCAAUGCGGAAAUUCGGCGGAACCAAGGCUUCACCGAGGCAGAGGUCAUCCAACUCUACGAGACGUUCCGCAGCUAUGAUCCACGAGGGUCCGGCAUCAUCGCCAAGUCACAGCUCCGCCGCUUGCUUCUGGAGCACUGCCCCCAUGCAGAGCGAACGCAGGCUGGCCGGGACCAGAUUGCGACGAUGAUUCGGGAGAGCGACCAGGAUGGCUCAGGUAGCAUCGACUUUAUGGAGUUCCUCAAGCUCAUGCGCCUCGUGCGCAACCGCUGGAGCCGGGAAAAGCUGGCAAAGGAGAGGGCGGCAGUUGCUGACACCAAGUUCUCGGUGCGGGAGCUGAAAGAGUUCCGAAAGGUGUUCAAGGCCUGGGAUGCGAACGAAUCGUUGGACUUGAAUUUCGAGGAGUUGCAGAAGAUGAUCGCCUCCAUCACUCGGGUGGCCCAGGGGGCCAGGGGAGAGAAGGAGCUACACGACAUCUUCCGACUGUUCGAUUCCAACAACGACAAUGCCCUGGACUUUCCUGAGUUCCUCCGAGUGAUGCGGAAGCUGGUGGCGGAGAAUUGGCGGGGCAUCAACGACUCGGCGCGCCGACUUUCGAGGCCGGAGAUCCCUUUCUUUGACGGAGCCCUCGCGAAUGACGUCGUGGUGGAUCCAGGGUCCUGA